CUCUCUAUAAAAGGACUAUUCAAAUGAAUAAUUAAACGCUAUCAUACUUGUCCUCCAUAUAAUAAUAGGUAUGCAAAACCAACAAUUUCACCAUAAUUGUAGGCUUGACUUCACGCGGUCAUGUUGCACUACGAGUUCAAACGAACGCCCUUCCGGCAGGUUCUUUGGGAGUUCUGCAAGGAGAAUGGUGUUCUAGCCGUACGAUAUGCCGCUGACCGAAGUUUGCUCAAGAUCGAAAGAUCCUGGUGGAUGCUUUGGAUCGCGGCAGCGUUCGCAGCCUGUGGCUUCUCGGCGAUCCAGAUGUACUACAAGUGGGACGAACACCCGGUGGUCAUCGUGUACGCUCCAGAGUUCGCCCCGAUUUCCACGGUUCCCUUUCCAGCUAUUACCAUGUGUCCACUUUCAAAAGCUCGCGUAGAUCAGUUCAACCUGACUCAGACUUACGAGCUGUCGCAGAACGGAACAUUGCUAGACCGGGCUCGUAUAAAAAAGUUACGUGCGCUGGCUCACGUGUGUCCGUACACUCGUCUUUGGCAAAACUUUAGCCAAAGCGAGGAUGAAACCGUAAUCAAGAGUCUUCGGAAUAUGUCCUUCGCGAAGGAAACAAUCGCACAGUGGUGCAUGUGGCGCUACAAAGUUGUGAAUUGUAGUGACAUGCUAACGGAAUCUCUGACGGAAGAUGGAAUUUGCUAUACCUUUAACGGCUUGCCGGCAAGCAAACUGUAUCGUGCUGAUAUAAUUUCUCCAGAUUUUCUACAGUUUGAAAGCUCUGCCGCGACUGACUCCAACUGGACGCAAGAUUCUGGCUAUGCAAGUAACGCAGGUCUCAACGCCUAUCCGUAUCGCUCCAUGGGGAAUGGGGCUAUAUCGGGAUUGUUCGUGGCGUUGUCCGUACGGACCAUCGAUCAGGAGUAUUUGUGUAGUGGUCCCUACACUGGCUUCAAGAUCGUUGUCCACACGCCGGACGAGGUUGCCAUGAGCGGGGAUUGGUUCUUCCGGUUGAACAACGAGGACGAUAUCGCCCUUACCUUCACACCAAACGUGAUGUACACCUCUGAAAAGCUACGCAAUGCUUCCCCAAUAAGACGCAGCUGCUUCUUCGACAACGAACGGUACCUGCGGUUCUUCAACAGCUACAACCAGGCAAACUGUGCUGCGGAGUGUAUGGCGAAUCUGACGCUCCAAAAGUGUGGCUGCGUCAAGUUUUCGAUGCCUCGUACGGCGGACAUGAAGAUUUGUGACGCCAGCAAGAUCGAGUGCUAUCAAAACAUCCUGAUUGAGGCGUUCGACGAAGAGAUCCGGCACGCGAUGCAGGGAAUGAUUUCGCUUUGUGGAUGCUAUCCGGCUUGUAACAGUGUAGAGUACCGGGUUGAGAUCUCUCGGAUGCCGUUCUACUUCCAGGAGCUGUCGCGAGCCGCGGGAGCGGCGUUCGAUAAGUACAAGGGCUACGACAUAGCGGUAAUGUCGAUGUCCUUCAAGCAUCGCCAUCACCUCCCGAUUUGGAGGCGUGAGAUGCUGGGAGUUACCGACGUGAUCGCUGAGUUUGGAGGACUGUUCGCGCUGCUGUUAGGAGCUAGUGCUAUGAGUUUGUGUGAAAUAUUAUACUACGCUUGUAUACGACCGCUGCGUAGAGAACGGAUCCCCCGGCUGGCGAUCAACUGGAUGUAUGUGCUACCGUGGGCGGCACGGCAGAAUCCGUUCCGGACUCGCAUGAACCAACCGAAAGACUGGUGA